GUGUCCCUCGGCUUUAUGAUUUCUAUUACAAGCCGAUUGUCAGCAUCCACGAAAGUGCCUCGACAUCCCAGCAAUGCUUUGAUGGCGGCCCGGUAAGAAUAGCUCGCCGCACGCGUCCCGGCCUCCGAGACCCCCGAGGGACGCAGUAAGAAAACCUCAGAGGUCACCGAGUGGUGUAUUGUUCUGGGACAAUGUGGGAGGGGACAGUGUGGACGGCGCCAGCGGCUCCCACCGCGCUCUUCUCGAAGGGUUCUGGCUGGUUCUGUCAUGGGGGUCCGGGUCGGCGCUGAACAAUGAGGACGACGUGGGCCAGAGAUCUGCUCCUGAUCACUAUGAGUCACAACGUCUCAUUUAUAGGCAAAACGUGGUGGAUGUUAAUGCUGCCCCUCCGCCUGCUGGUCCUCCUGCUGGCCGGCUCCACCCUCUUCAGCGACGAGCUGGAUCGCUUCACCUGCAACACCGUCCAGCCGUGCUGCUCCACCGUGUGCUUCGACGCCUUCUCCCCCGUGUCCGCCUUCCGCCUCUGGCUCUUCCACCUCGUCCUGCUGUGCGUCCCCGACGCGCUGUUCGCCACCUACGUCGUGCACAAAGUGGCGUCGCCUCCCCACGGAGGGUUCUGCUGCGACGGCGGUCGAGGAGGGUCCCCCGUCGCCCUCGGGGACUCCGGCUCCUCGAGGCUUCCCCGCCUGCGGCCUGCGCGGGAAGCGCCGCGCUUCCACUGCGCUUACUUCCUGGCUGUGAUGCUGCGCGUCCUGCUGGAGGUGGUUUUCGCCGGCGGGCAGUUCUUCCUCUUCGGUUCGUCCGUUCCCCGGAGCUUCCGCUGCCACGAGGCUCCCUGCACAUUUGGCGUGGAGUGCUACGUCUCCAGACCCACGGAGAAGACCAUGAUGCUCCAUCUCAUGCUGGGACUGGCCUCCCUGUCCGUCCUGCUGGGUCUGGCGGACCUGGCGACCUCCACAAAGGCCGCGGUGACCUGGAGGAGGAGGAGGAGGAGGAGGAGGGAGGCGUCGACGGAAGAGAAGAGCGCCGCGCGUUCUACGACAACCUCAACGGAGGACAGCGGAGUCCUUUCGACCAGAAGACUCGGCCUCGCGGUGGCGACGCCUCGGACCCCCAGUCCCUUUGGCACUCCAGUGCCCGCCCACUUCGUCCUCCACAGCCGGCUGAGACCUCCCCUGCCCCCCCGCCCCGACAGAGGGCCGAACCCCAGGACGCCGACACCCAACGGGUGGGAAAAAGCCGGACCGGGACACUUCAGUCGGGGCGAACUGGGGCCAACAGUCUGAUAGCAGGGAGUCUCCGGACAAGAGGUUGGGGUGUAGUGGACAGGGGGGGGGGCAGGUUGACAAAAUCACAGAAAGUUCAACCAUCACGUCCCAAUCGUCACGUUAGUUUGUUGAGUUUGUUAGUUUGUUAUUUAAAUACAUGUCGACUGAACGCUAUUCUGCUCAAUUGGUAAUAAUAAAAUCCGUUGGAUAAAUCGACUCUU